AUGCUGUUCGGCUUCUUGUCAUCAUGUUUUCCGUCCCAACCUGAACCUUCAUGCGCAUUCUGCGAUGCGACGAAGGAGAAUGGCUUUAAUGUUCAGUAUGAGGACGUAGACUACAUAGUUCUCAACGACCGAAGCCCAGCUGCUCUUCACCACAUGCUGGUGAUCCCGCGGAAACAUGUCGUGAGCAUCAAGGCUCUGAAUGCAAGUGACGCGGGCAUGCUGCGUGACAUGGAGCGCAUUGGGACCGAGCGUCUGGAUGUUCUAGAUGUACCCCAAGGACAACGUCUAAUGGGGUUCCAUAUACCCCCCUUUAACAGCGUGGACCAUCUGCACCUCCACGUCUUUGGCCUGCCUUGGAGAUCUGGGCUGAAGCACGCAAAGUACCCAUUCAGGGCAGGCUCAAACGGAGAUGUGAAGGGAUGGACUUGGUUCGUCGAGAUCGAGCAGGCCAUUAACAUCCUAGAGAGCGGGCGACGCGUCCAGGUCAAACCAUGCUGA